AUGGAUGCAAAAGACCUUGUUGGAGAUACAUCCCUUCAUUUGGCAUGUAGGAGUGGUGAUGAUUUGCUGUUUUUUAAGCUUCUAGUUGAACAUGGGGCUAAUGUUAAUGCUCAAAAUCGCAAUGGAGAUGCGCCUCUUCAUUUGGUAUGCAAGGGUGGCUUCUUGAUGAGUCUUGAGUAUCUACUCAAAAAAGGAGCAAGUGUCAAUGCUCUUUCUCUGAAUCGUCUCACACCUCUUCAUUAUGCGUGUGGUGUUGGCUGUGAACCCCUUGUGGAGGUUUUUCUUGAGAAUGGAGCUUUCAUUGAUCCUCCUAGUGAGUACCUAGGUACACCUCUCAAUGCGGCUUGUCCCUUCAAUCAUCCUUCGUGUGUUGAGCUCCUCCUACUCAAAGGAGCACACACCGUGUUCAAAAACCAUCGAGGGCAUACUCCUCUUUUGACAGCAUUGGUUAAUAAAUCAUUGGCUUGUAUGGAGCAUCUUUUGGCAUGGGGCGUUGAUACAGAUGCUAGAGACUUUGCUGGAGCUACAGCUCUCCAUUUGUCAUGUAGGAGUGGGGAUGAUUUGACGUUUUUAAAGGUUCUGGUUGAACAUGGGGCUAAUGUGAAUGCUCCAAAUCACAAUGGAGAUACUCCUCUUCAUUUGGUCUGCAAUGGUGGCUUCUUGAUGAGCCUUGAGGUUUACCUAUUGGCCGGUGCUGAUACAGAGAUCACUAAUGAUGUUGGGGAUACAAUAACCUCUGCACAAUGCUGUGGCAACAAGUGUGGAGACUCAAUAUGUGCUAUAACACAGCGGUUGCUCUUUGGUGAUGUUGAUACCUCUGUGGAAAAUUAUCUUGGAAUGACAGCAUUUGAUGUCGCCGUUUAUGCUGAAGUCAAGGAUCUGUUGGGAUGA